AUGGGUUCGGUGAAGCAACUUUUCUGCGGCUCACCACCAGAAUUCUGCCCCGCCAUCGCCAUCUCGAGUCUCAAUUUUGGGAUUCUGCCACCCUCUCCAAUCGAUUCCCGACGCAACUGCGACACCUUACGGACCAUAAGCGCUUUCUCUCGUCGUACUCGGCGAACCAGAAAAAUGGGCGUCACCAACAAGAAAACUUUGACCAAGACACGAAGGAAGACAAGGGAUGUCGACCAGAUCAAGGCCGAUCUGCGCUCGCCGCGCCAUCUCCAACGUUUCACGGGAUUAAAAGCAAAGGAGGAUCUUCCAGGACUGGGUCAGCAUUAUUGCAUCGAAUGCGCCAAGUGGUUCGAGACCGAAGUCAGCCUCGUAGGCCACCGCAAGGGAAAGCCUCACAAGCGCAGGGUCAAGCAGUUGAAAGAGGAACCGUAUACCCAGAAAGAGGCAGAGGCCGUCGUCGGCAUUCGAACAGACGACAAAGGUCCCAACAAGGGAGGACCUGAGAAGGCCCUCGACCAGGAGAUCGAGAUGGAGACCUGA